GGUUUAAGUUCUCCAGGGCCUCCUACCUGCUCAGUUUGCUGAGACCACACAUCUAUCAGGACCUGGAGCUAAAGAUGUUACACAUUUGUAUCACUGUAGCUGCCGGUGUGCGGUGCCAGUAAUUCAGAUUGUAUCCUCUCUCAUUUCAACAGGUAUUGCUAUUGUCUUAAUUAUCCUAACUUUUCCCCCGAAGGCUGGUACGAGGCACGUCUUCAUGGAAGGUUUUGGGGUACUAUUCAGCACAGACCUGUGCAGUUAUAUUCUGUGUGCGCGAUUCAUCCUGUAGUUUAGACGGAAGCUGUUGGGUGCUGCUGCGGGCACCAAAAUACACUACAGCAAAUCAACAUGCCUGCAUUUCUGAUUUAAUAAUAAUAAUAAUAAUAAUAAUAAUAAUAAUAAUAAUAACGGUUUCCUAUGUGAGACAAUUUCUACAAAUGUCUGUGCAGAAUUGUGAAUUCUGUAAUCAUUUCUGUGAUUGCAGAAUUGGGGACUCCUGGUAGGAUUGGUGAUUAAACCUGUUUGUUUAUGAUUAAAAAAUGGUGUAGUGUUGGAUGUAAAGAUGUACGCAAAAUAAAAUGAAAGUAGGUGAGUAGAAAAUGUUCUUACGUACUGUUUCAUACAUGCUAACAUUCUGACAAUUCAAUAUAGUUCAAUAUUGAACACUUGAUUUGGUUUGAUGUUUAUAAAUAAGGGUUAAAUUAACGUUUGGGGAGGGGGCCCCACAAUAAGGUCCUGCACCGGGGCCCAUCUUCCUCUUCCUCCGCCACUGUAAGGAGUCAGUGACUGGGGAUGAUGGUUAGAGUUGAGGGUAGCCAAGUGGUUUGAGCUGAGGGUCUGGGAGGCAUUGUGGCUCAGAGCAUGGAUCCUCAAACUUUCUCAGCUCUUGGCAUCUGGCAGUUGAACCUCUCUUAUGGAACAGAGGCAAACUGAAUAAACAAGUUCUUCCUGAUAAAAGUAGACUGACUGAGCAGGCUAAUUGUGGUAUAAAGUUGAACAUAACUCUGUGACACUGUAGCUGUAAAGACAAAGAAAUAAUAGAAAGAAGGAGUUUGUUCAGGGCAAAGUGCACAUGGAAUCCUUGGUAAUUCCACUGGUCAGCAGUUGUGAUCUAUAUACUGAGUAACUAUUAAUAACUGCAGCUGCAGCUAUGCCGAACGGGUGCGAUUCAUUAACCCUUUCCCACACCUUCUCCAUAUAAUUAACUGCUGCUUUAUCUAUAACAACCUAUAAAUCCUGGCCAAAACAUAAUAGUAUACAAUAUGCAACAUUAUUUUUUGUGAGCAGCGUCUUAGAGGUGUAGGGUGGGCUUGAGUCAUGUCUAUAGCAUUUAGCUGCUUUGUUUAAGCAUAUCCCUUAAAAAAAAACGUUUACUAUAUUAAAAGCAUGGUAGAGCAUAGUAUUUACUGUAGCAUACUAUAGGAAUCUGGUGUUUUUGGAAGGUGCGAGAGUAUUUCUAUAUGCAUCAGAAUAUGAUAGAGAAUAAUUGAAUUAUGAAUGCACUGUUCUCUGCUCCAGAGGCACGGGCUGAAGGUAUACCUGCGAAAUCCUCAUGCCUUCACCCCUCUGCUGGAGGAGGGGCGGCCCCCGAGAUCACUGCUGCUGGGGAGGGACAUGUCUGAGAAUCAGCGGCAGAUCAGCAAAUUCUCAGAGAAGGAUGCCCAGAGCUACCCUGCCUACCAGGCCUAUAUGGAGAGGCUGGCCAGCGCCAUUGAGCCCUUACUGGAUGCCCCUCCAGUCAAUAUUCCAGGGGUCACCACAGGGUCACUGAGGAAGAGGGUGGCAGCGCUGAGAACCCUUAAACCACUGCUACAGACUGGAAUAAAACUUGGGAAGCACAUUCCAGAAUUCUAUGAACUUCUAACUGCUCCUACUACCAAAAUCCUGGACCGCUGGUUUGAGUCCGAGCCACUGAAAGCCACGCUGGCCACGGAUGCCGUGAUUGGAGCCAUGAUCAGUCCCAGCGCCCCCGGCAGUGGAUAUGUGCUCCUGCACCAUGUGAUGGGGGAGGUGGAGGGGAAGAAGGGGGAAUGGGGGUAUGCAGAAGGGGGGAUGGGCGGAGUGUCGAACUCCAUUGCCAAUGCUGCCCGGUCCCACGGAGCUGCCAUCUUCACUGAGAAGACAGUGAAGCAGAUUUUGGUGGGUGAAGACAGGAGAGCGAGGGGGGUGGCUCUGGAGGAUGGAACUGAGAUUCGGAGUAAAUUGGUUCUGUCCAACGCAACACCACAUGUGACCUUCAGACACCUUACUCCUCAGGACUGUCUACCCCCAGAGUUCAUCAAAGCUGUUUCUCAGAUCGACUAUGUCUCUCCUGUCACCAAGAUCAACAUUGCUGUUGAUAGACUCCCCAAUUUCCUGGCUGCUCCCAAUUCUCCUGACAGGAAUCCGGGCCCACAUCAUCAGUGCUCCAUCCACCUGAACUGUGAGUCCAUGGAUGUAUUGGACCAGGCAUACCGCCAGGCCACAGAGGGGCGCCCAUCUACCAGACCCAUGCUGGAAGUGUGCAUUCCCUCAGUGCUGGACCCCACACUGGCUCCGUCCGGCUGCCACGUGAUCUCUGUCUUCAGCCAGUUCACCCCCUACUGGCUGCAGGGGGGGCGGGCCUGGGAACAGAAGGACCGCGACAGCUACGCUGACACAGUGUUUGAGUGGAUUGAACGGUACGCCCCCGGAUUCAAGCAGUCAGUGGUGGGGAAAGAGGUCCUGACCCCUCCAGACCUAGAGAGGAUCUUUGGGCUGACAGGAGGGAAUAUUUUUCAUGGAGCAAUGACAUUGGAUCAGCUCUAUCUAGCAAGACCUUUGCCCUCGUUCUCAGACUACCGUUCACCUAUCCGAGGACUGUAUUUGUGUGGGAGUGGUGCGCAUCCAGGUGGGGGCGUGAUGGGCUCUGCUGGCUGGAAUGCAGCACUGACUGCCCUUGCUGACCAUCGGUAAGGCAGACCCGGGUUCAAACCUGUGGCACUGCACUGCCAUUGGAGCCACCUGACUUUGAUCUUUGCUGGCUGAAGGGGAGAUGAUACAGCAGUUGAUAAUGGAGCCCAUCCAGUAUCAACACCCCUAUAUCACUAAAAUUGUUAAAUAAAAUGCUUUUUUUUAAA